AUGAUCAGCAACUCCUUAUCCAACAUAGAGCAUAGAGCAUACCAAAUAGAAAGAAGAAUCGAUUGUCUAGAAAAUAAUAGCCUACAUCCAGAAUCACUGACAAUUAAUACCAACAUUUCCAAAACGAGAACACCAAUUGUAGAAGGUCCUAGAGCUUCUGUAGUGUCCGUCCUUCCAGAACCGAGCGAGUGCGAUAACUAUGAUCAUUAUGAUGACAGCCAAUCAUUUCAAGCUCCUUCAGAGAAUCUCCAUAAUAACAGCUGGUUUUAUCACCGCGAUUUGAUCAAGGGAAAUGUCGCUUAUCUGGAAAGGAAAGAAGAAAUAUUUUGGAAAGAGUUGUUAGAAAAAUAUCUAAAACCCACUCAAGAUGAUAAAAAAAAAGUUGGUAAAGAACUAAAGGAAUUACGAAAUAAAAUGGUUAUUACGUUUUUCAUGCUGAACUUACUCUUCGUGUUAAUAAUAUUCCUAAUGACAUUGCGAAAAGAUUUACUACAUGUCCAAUGGCCCUUUAAUCCAAGUGUAAACUUUACAUAUACAAAAGCAUCAUACGGAAACGAGAUCAUGAUAAUGAAAACUUAUCUACAGCUCGAACCAAUAGGAUUAGCUCUUGGUGCAGUAUUUUUUAGCGUAAUGGUCAUUCAAUUUACAUGCAUGUUACGUCAUCGGUUUAGUACUUUUGCACAAAUCAUGGCAAACAGUACACUAAAUUUCCAUUUAUUCAAACCAAAGGUAGUAUACUUAACAUAA